CCAUAUACAGUCUCCAUUCAGAACCGCUUCUUUUUCUUUCUGUCGUUAAAUUAAAACAUCGUUAAAAUACACGAGCAGGACACUACAUCAUCAUUUACUAAUAAUAAUAACACAAUAUAAUAACAAUAGCACUAGUAAAGCGCUUCAGCAAACAGCGUAAAGCUGCACUGCUGUAUGAUAUCAUGGAGCUGGUUUGGUUGUGACCGCUGCUGUGAAUCCUGCAGAAGCGGAUGGAUCAGGCUGGAGUGUGUGAGAGCUCAGAGCACUGGCUGGAGUCGAGCGGUCUGGAGAGAUGUGGACUGUCUCUCUCUCACCUCCUGUCACUCUGCAGCACUGAUCCUGUCUCUGAGAGAGGAGACGGGGGGAGCAAACAGAUGCAGAUCAGCAGUGAGUCUCUGGCAGACUUUGAAGAGCAGCUUUACAUGGCCAUUGAGAUGUACCACGAUCACAUCAAGUGGCUCAGUCAGGGAAGCAGGAAGGUGUUUGGGCUGGUGAACGGGUCCCGCGUCGGGGUGCUCAUCGACACGUCUGAUCUGAACUGCUCUACAGAGAGACGAGCUGAUCUACAGCGAGAGCUUCUAACUCUCAUUGACGAGCAACUGCGCUUCAAAAAACAGCUGCAUCUGCUGUCCUACGGCUCAGAAGUCAGCAGCCUUUGGGACGAACCACAAGACACCUGUCCACUGAGGCUCAGACAGGGCUGUGCGUGGGUCAUGCAGCUGCGGGCAGGGGGAGGCUGUGAUCUCCUGCAGGCGCUUCAGAGGACACUGACCCGCUCAGAGCUGGACACACUGCUCAUCAUCCUGGGCUCUCGCCCUGAUCAGACCGUAGAUGUUAUCUGUGAUUGUUUAACUCAAACCCGAGUGCCUUGUGUUCAUGCGGUCGCCUACAGCUGCAGCAGUCCAGCAGCCAUUGAGACUGUGAAGAAGAUGGCAGAAGUUUCUGGGGGGAGAUAUCACCUGUUUUCUGCUGCACUGGGUGUAGUGGACAGCAGUACAGACGUCGAUCUGCUGUGGGCGGAGAUUAAAGCAGCGCGCAGUGUUCUUACCCAGAUCCAGAGCAUGCGUCAGGGUCGACUGGGAGACGCAGCUGUCACUGUUGAUGCAGAGUUGUCACUUGAGUCUUCACAGGUCUGCUCAGGUCUGGACAGUCUGACUCUUUCUGACUUCAGUCCUGUACGUCCUGCUCUCAGUGCUCCACUGUGUGUCCAAACCACAGGCCCAGCGCCCACCAGCUCCAGUCAAUGGCUGAAGAGCCACGGCCUGAAGGCUCAGAAGCUGGAUCUGUAUCAGCUGCUGGCUCCUAAUGCCUACUCUCCACAAGAGACGUUUGUACCAGUCCUGGGAAAGAAUGUUUCCUCUACAGUUCACGAGCGGGUCAUGGUGCAGUUUGAGUGGCAUGAUGGGACACUGAAGAAUUUGCAUGUCCAUCUACCAUCACUGCAAAAGUACCAGAAGCGACUCGUGGGUGCUGUGCAUCUGUUUGAAAGGAGAGUUGAGUGGCUGAACCGGACGGGCAGCCAGCAGAUAUGGGGAACCGUGUGUGAACAGAGGGUGCAGGUUCUUCUGGACAUGUCUGGGAUGAACGUCCACUACCAGCUCCAUCUCCAGCAUGCCAUCCGGACACUACUGCAGGAGCAGCUGGCUGAUAAACACAGCUUCAAUGUCAUCGUUUUUGGAUCAGAUGUCAAGUCGUGGCAGGAGAAGAUGGUGCCCUCCACCCAUGAAAACCUUCAAGCUGCGUGGCUGUGGAUUCAGGCACUGGAGUGUGUCGGGGGUCGUAAUACUCUGGCUGCUCUACGGUGCGCUCUAGAGGAGGACGAGCGGGACGACUCAUCCCUAACUCGAGGCCUGUACCUCCUCACCACCGGCGUGCCAGAUCAACACAUGGUUUCUGUCACUGCUUAUGUGUCCGAGCGCUGCAGCACAACAAACCUGAAUCUCCACGUGUGCCUGUUCACCGGAGAGGAGGACACCGCCCGCUGCCCUCCGCCCCGUUACACCACCCGGACCGAAACCGCCCGGGCUCUGAGCGGCCUGGCACACGCGGGCAACGGACGCUUCCUUUGGAUGACUGAGACUGGCAUCGUGGAGAGUGAUGACAUCAGUGCCCUGAUUGGAGAAAUGGAGACGGCCGUUAAUUAUUAUCAGAAGUGCUCUGAAUUAGUGGACUCUCUGAUCCAGAAGGGCUCUGACAGGGGUUCAGGAGAAACAAGUAGCCCACCCAUCAAACCCUGGGCCUGGACACACACAGCACAACUGCCAUCUCCUCGACCCACAUCACUCAGCCUGGCUAGACUGGAAAGCAGGCAGAAGAGCAGACUGGCACAGAACAGCUUGACUUGGAGGCCGAACAGCUCUAAAGCAGUUAUCCCAGCAGCUGAUAUCCGCACACCAGCAAGGCCACCGAGGUCUGCGGACCAGAGGAAAACCAGCGUGUCUCAGUCUGUCUUCUUCAUGGAGGACGGCAGCUUGGGUGUUGUCUUCAAGAAAUAUCCAAAACCAAAGAGUGUGCGCAAGACUAUCACCACUGUUAAACUACCAAAACAUGAAGACAUCUGUUCAACUAAACAGUGGCUGAAAAGGUUUGGCGUCAAGACUCUGAAGUUGGACCUUCACAAACUGAUUUCUGGACCUGAAUGCUGCCAUCACAACAAACUGGUGCCGUCCGUCCAGAAGAGAGUGUCUGCCAAAUACUGUGACGUAUUCCCUAGAGUCCAAAUCAAUGGCGCUGUGAAACACUUGCACCUGACUCCUGGAGAGUUAAAGCAGUACCUCAGUCAGACUGAGAAACUCAUGCAGCGAUACGGCCAAAGACUGGAGUGGUUACUGACAGGCAGCAGGCGUGUGUUUGGAUCGGUGCUGGAGAAGACGGUCUGUGUUCUGCUGGAUGUGUCUGGAUCUAUGGCUCCCUGCCUCCCUGAGCUCCAGAAGGAGCUGACUUUACUGAUCUGGGAUCAGCUGCGUGCCAACAGCGUGAGGUUUAACAUGCUGGCUUUCUCCGGCGAGGUGCGGAUGUGGCAGCCGGUGUUGGUUCAGUCCACAGAGGAGCUGUGUGUGGAGGCCGUGCAGUGGUUGAAUCAGCUCAGCACACACGGAGCGUCCUCCACACUACAGGCUCUGCAGACGGCCUGUGGCUUCGCAGAUGCUGUGGGUCUGUAUCUGAUCACUGAUGGGAGAUGUGACUCCAGCCACGGUCGCAUACUGACAGAGAUUGAGACUCGGAGACAGGAGAAGGACUUUAAAGUCCACACCAUCGCAGUCAGCUGCCAUGACAGAGCAUGCAGUGAGUUUCUGAAGAGUCUGGCCCAUAAAACAGGAGGACGAUUUCAUCAGGUUCCUGAAAACACCGAUCCUGCUCUUAUCAGAAAACUCCUGUCAGAUCCGUGCAGUGCGGACCCAGUGCUUCCUAAAUGUGAGGGGGAUGAUGUUAGGAGACUAUCUGAAGAGAUUGAGAAGCUGAGAUUGUUCCAGAAGCAAGCUAAAGCUUUCAGGGAAACUAUUUUGGAGUCGAGGAGCCAGAAGGGAACAUAAAAGUUGAUCUCCACGCUUGAUCAAAAGCUUUGUUUAUUCAAGAAUAACUCUGGCGAAGGCCUACAUAAGGUCUAAUGGAAAAUAAUGUGUUAAGAAUUAAAUAUGGCUUCAUAAUAUUUUUGAAAUAGAUAUAAAAAUCAUGGUUAAAAGAAAAAGAAAACGUUUUAUGUGUAGCAUUAAAUUUUUUUUUUUUCUAAUUGUACUUCAUGAGCAGCAACAAAAAGAAAGUGUAAAAACAAAUGUAUUGCCAAUGUGUGUACAAUGUAGCAUCAAAACAGUGGAAGGAAAAGCAACUUAUUUGUAUUAUUGAAAAAUCUAUGAGGAAAAAUGUAUUAUGUAAAAAUGAAUACACCAAAAUAUAUGCAAAAUAUAUUUAACGGAGUGCAUUUUGAAUAUAUAUUAUCAAUAUAUUUUACUGACAUACUAUAUUGUCUUUUCUGUGAACAUUUGUUAAAAGACUAUUUUCUGUCCUUGGAUAAACAAUAAAGCUGUUUAAAUUUGAGUUUGAAAAUUCCACCGCUUCUAUGAUGUCACAGAUAUUUCGGGCACCUCCAACAGACGCUAUCAGAGUCUGGCUAUAAAUCCUGGCAUUUCUUCAUCAUGAGAGUAGCUCUGGUACAUGUGCACACCCUGGGUUUAUAUGAAUGAAUGCUUCAGUUUAGAUCAGACUCGGGUGGAAUGGAGGGGUUAAUCGUCAGAGACACCCAUGGCAUCUCGUGAAGUUAGAAAGAGGGCAAAAGGGGCAUGUGUCAUUACAUCAAAGUAAUAAAAUAAAAUGAUUAACCAAAUUCUUGUUAUAGCAGUGACAAUUGAUAAUAAUGCAUUCAUCAUUCAUUCAUUCAUUCAUUCAUUGAAUCAAGCUUGUGUUAUGAAUAGACUAUAGGUUGUGUACAUAUAAUAAUUGCAAUGUAGUUUCAAUAACAAGGGUUUGCACGUUAUAUUAAUGCUUCUGAGGACACAUCCUCUUGUUAACCUGUGCUAUACACCCCCUGACCAGCACAGGUGUCCAAGCUCACAGACUCACCAAAUUUAUUUUAUCACAUCCCUCCAUUUUAUACAGAUAGCUCCAAUAACAUGCAUCAAAUCCACUUCUAAACUCAAAAUAAUGAAAAAUACCUAUUUAAUAUUUAUUUUUUAGGUGAAGGGAUGGAUAUGCACCUGCACCUAAUGGUACUAACUGCAUCAUGCUACUGCAGUGAACUGUAGGCUACAUUUGACCUUGAAGUGUAUAAACUGCUGCAUAAACUUUACGUCGUGUAAUGUUUUGUUUGUGCAUUAAACGUGUGCUUUGUGUAGUCCUUUCAUGUCAAUUAUUAUCUUUGUUUAAUAGUGCACCGAAACGAUUGUGUAUGGUCGAAAUUACAAUAAAAUACACUUGGACAAAAUCCCCUCUCAGCGUGUAAUUUGGUGAGUCUGUGAGCUUGUACACCUGUGCUGGUCAGGGGGUGUAGCACAGGUUAACCAGGAGGAUGUGUCCUCAGAAGCAUUAAUAUAACGUGCAAACUCAUGUUAUUCAAGCUAAAUGGCAAUUAUUAUAUGUAGGCCUAUACAGCCUGUCUUUAAAAAAAAGGCAUAAAAUAUAUUCAAUUCAUAACAUAAGCUUAACCUUAAAACAACUAAAUAAAAUUAAUACCAAAUUCUUGUUAUUGCAGUGACAAUUGUUAACCAAAUUAUGUAUAAAAAUAAGCUUUUUUGUUUAUUUAUUUUUAUGUAUUUGCUCGUGUGUGUAUGCACUUAUUAGGAUCUUUUUUAGUUAUUGUUGUUCAU